UCUUCACUCAGCUUUUGCACCAACUGGGCUUUUGAAGCGCAUCUCGGAUGGCUAAUCGGUGUUGGAUAUUUUAUUUAACGGAUUAACAGAUCUCUGCUUUCUUUAAAUUCAUUUUUUCCAACUGUGCUAAUUGCUCAUUCAGCUGUUGGCGCAGAUGGUUAAUACCCAUUCUGUGCAGCUUGAAAAGUUUGAGGUGGGCUGGCUGCAGUGAUGUCCAGAUCAACAAAAUCAGCCUCAAGGUCUCGGAGCCGCUCAAGGUCCCGGUCAAGAUCCCGCUCCACCUCGCGAUCCAGAAGUCGCUCCAGGUCCCGGUCCAGGAGGCGUCGUUACAGCUCUAGGUCUCGGUCACGGUCAAGAUCUCAUUCUCCGUCUUAUAACCGGGAGAAGAAAUAUCCGAGAGGAUACCACAACAACCGAGAGUUUCGGGGCUACCACCGCGGCUUCCGGAGACCAUACAACUUCAGGGGCCGAGGUCGGGGCUACUUCCCACGUGGACGGUACCAGCGUGGUGGUGGGGGUGGCGGCGGCGGCGGCGGCGGCUAUAACAAUAACAACUUCCGCCCCAACUGGAAGAAUUACAAGCAGUACCCUCAAAAGCAGCAACAACAACAACAGCAGCAGCAGCAGCAACAGCAGCAUCAAAACCAUCCGCGUGGACGAUCGCACAACCUCCAGAAACGCUCAGGGAGCCCCCCUCAAAGUCACACUCAGCACUCUGACCGAUCCUCCUCGCCAUUAUCUAGACACUCUCAGCAUUCUUCCUCCUCCUCGCACUCGUCCUCUCCCAAAUGCAGGCCGUCCUUGCUGCUGGCUAAUCAGAACUCUAAAGAUGUGACAGAGGAGCACUCGGCCUCAAAGGAGGUCCAAAAGGGAGGAGGGGGAGAUGGGGAUCCAGUAGAGCCUGUCGGGGUGUCGGCAGAAGAUGCCAAAGACGGCACAGGCAGUGGGAAAACUGAGGGGAACUGGCAGGCCCUGACAGACUGCAACAGCAGUCCAAAGAGAACCAGUCCUCUGGUAAACUCUGGUCAGAGCAGCCAAACUACUAAACAGUCUGGUUCCUCCCCUAAAAGCACAAAUGACAUCGGCAAUGGCGCCCCCUCCUGGCAGAUGGUGUGUAGUUCAUCCUCCAUGAAAAAACCCUCACGUGAAGGUCUAAACCCAAUGCUUUCCAGCUUUGACUUCUUCUCCAAUGAGGAAUACCUGGAUGGAGAUAAAACAGCAAUCUCUAUUGCCUUCAGAAAGUUUCUCGAGGAGCAAAAUAAAAAAGCUACAUCUGCUUGGGAAAAUGGCAAGAACACAGAGGCAAAUGAUGUGAAUAUGGAACAGGGGAAAGUAAAUGGCAAAGCAUCAGCAGCUAACGCUGAUUCAGUGUCGAGGAAGUACAAAGACGACGCUGACAGUGAAGUGUCUCUGAACAGCUUUUUGAAAGCUUCUCCUUUUCUGGAAGAGGAAGAGGAGGAGGUGAUCAUCAAGCCUCAUUCAAAGCCAUGUCACAAAGACUGGCACAAUGGGGAUGACUCCUCUAAGCCAAAGAGCAAGGUCACUCACUCAGCCCGUGAACUGUUCGAAGAGUGUUUUGGCAAAUGGCAGAAUGCGGCCCAUUCACAGAUAGCUAACAGUGACCUCGACGCCAUGGCAGAGGAGAUAUAUCUCAGUCGGAAGCACGAUAAAGCAGCAGCCAUUGCCGCCGCCCUCGCCAAGAGGGAGUUAACAGGAAAAUUUGAGGAACUCUCCCCAGACACGAGUUGUAAAGCCAGGAAGAUGGCAAAAUCUCCCUCUAUCCCAUCUCCCACACCACCACCAAGGAGGAACUCUGACAGAGAGAUGUUUAUGGUCAGGGGAGAGGACUCACCUCUCAUGUCCACAAGAAAACAGGAAGCUAAAUUUAAUGUCAGAAUGGAUUUCCUUGGAGAUAGCUUGAUGAGCUCUUCUGAUAUUUUAGCUGAGGAGCGACAGUUGUCUCAGGAUCUUGUGCAGUCCUCAAAAAAGGAUCAGCAGUUUCGCUCCAUCUUUCAACAUGUUCAACAGGCUGCUCAGUUACCCAGGAGUCCCUCUGAGCUGUUUGCUCAACAUAUUGUCACCAUCGUUCACCACAUUAAAGCUCAGCACUUUCCAUCUUCUGGCAUGACUCUUAACGAGCGAUUCACCAUGUACCAAAGACGCGCUGCAGAGAAGGAAAUGAUGAAGCCAAGAAAAAGCCCAGAGAUACACAGAAGAAUUGAUGUGUCAACGAGUGCUUUUAAGAAACACUCUCAACUUUUUGAGGCGAUGAAAAGCUCAGAGGAUGGCACUUACAAGGACGGCGGGGAAAAAAUAAAGGGUGACCCAAUGGACCUUCGUUUGGAUAUUGAGCGCCGUAAAAAAUAUUCCACCCAUGAAAGAGAUUAUAAUCAGGAUCGGGGAAGAGAUACAGGGGAUUCCCCAGAUUCUAGUAGAGAGAGGUCUGCAGAAAAAUCCUCCAAAAGCCACAAGAAAUCAAAGAAAAAUAAGAAGAAGCGCUCUCGCUCAAGUUCGUCCUCGUCUUCCUCAUCCUCCAAGUCCCAACAAGAAGGAGAUUUGCCCCAGGACAAGUCUGAUUCCAAAGAUGAAGGCUUUGAUAGGGCAAGACUGGGUCAGAAGGAGUUACCAGGGCCUGAAAGAGGAAGGCCACGUGGAGGAUUUCAAGUACGAAUUCGUGGGAGGGGCUGGAACAGAGGCAACUAUCAGGGAAACAGUUCACUUAGUAACCCCAUGAACAUGGCAGGACAUCCAAAAAGUGAAGACUGGGACCCAGAGUACACUCCCAAGAGUAAACAAUACUACUUGCACGACGACAGAGACGGGGAGGCAGAGUGCAAGUGGAUGGACAAUCGAGGGCGAGGGCGGGGAAGCUUCUCGCGUGGAAGGGCACGAUUCAUCAUCCGCAAAGCCACCGGGGCCUCUAACACCAAUAGCACCCGAUGGGCCCAUGACAAGUUCCAGGUCAAUGGGGAGCAAGGUGGUGCACAGGCAGAGGAGGCAGAACAGGACCAUAAAGUGGGAGAAACUUGAGCGUUGAAGCAGUCUGCUGAAAAUCUUAAUUGUUUUCUGUGUUGUUAUGGGAACUGACUCAGUAAUUUUUAUCCAUCACAAUGGAUCAAUAAAUGCAGAUUAAAAUGUUUUAUGAGUCUAUUGCUAGGAAAACUUUUAAGCUUUAAUUUCACUUUGACUGGACACAACCAGUUACUACAUCAGGAUACAGCUUGUUACUAGUAGAAGCACUGUUUAAGGGUGAAAUGCUGUGUCUCAUGACAACUCACGAGUUUGUGUUACAUGUUUCUUUGCUUUUUAUAGUGAAUUCUUCUGUUCAGCAUUUUAGUAAUAUUUACACUUUUCUCACUUGGAUUAAUUAAUAAUUAAUACUGAAUUGCUCUUGUAUUUUGAAGUAGCAAGACAAAAUUACAUUGUAGAUCAAAUCAGCUUGUGCCUUAUACUUGUGAAAAUGAAGAAAUGUUUUCUGAAUAGCCUACGAGGUGAAUUAUGGUACUGCUAUAUGCAUUGAAAUCUACCUUAAUUCCCUAACUGUGUCUUGCCUGGAGUAAAAUGACAGCAAUAAAUACACUGUAGUUCAUGUUGACAUAAAAAACACAUCACUGUUUAGCCAAUUCAGCACUCUACAAAUGACCCUGAUCUGACAAUGGGACCAAACUGUACAGGGUCAAAGGUUACUUUCUGUAGUCUGUCAUUGUACAACAGAUCUAUAACAAUAUCUGGCAGCGUAGGAGAAUGUUAUCAGGCUAACUACCUGAACAUUUAACAUGUUCAUGGAACAUUUUACUAUCACAGAUUUCUACUCUUCACAGUAGCUCUUUGCUUGAUCUUGGAUACCACUAAUCAAUGUAUAAUACUGAUAGUGAUUUUAUUUUUUUUUCCUCCAGAGACAUUCGUUGUAGUUUUUGUACCUGUUAGGCAGGAUUAUGACUUUAUAAUGUAAAAGGAGAAUGUGUUCUUAUUACAAUAGAUGUUUAUGUGAUUUUUGUUUGCAGAUUGCAAGCUUUUCUCCAGCCAAUGAUGUUUAGCCAGUUCAUGUAAAUUGUGUGCAACCGUGUCAACAUUUAACAGGUUCAAAACGAGCAGUUGUUUAGUGUAUAGUCUGUAACAGAAGUACAGGGCAGUUUAUAUGACAAGGAUUAUGUCUAAUCCUACAAUAAGAAUGUUCUCUCAGUGCCUGUGUUUUUUGUUGAAGUUUAGGAUUAAAUUUAUUUCUGUUUGGCUAACUGUCAAUACAUCUGAAUUACACAAUAUGUGCCUUGCUGUGGGUGCACUGGUCUUAUUUGUACAACACAGGCCUACAGACUGAGAUUCAUGUUUAACUGUUUAAAGAUUACCUGCUUAGGAAAUAAUGCUUUUUUUUAAAAAGUAGGUGUUGUUACUGGUUUUUUUUCUUAGAGAUUGUAAAUUAAAGAGACACUGAUUUCUUUGA